UUUUAUUGCUACAGAUGAGGAGCCUCCUGAAGGGUGGCUAGAGCCUCUGUAUUGCUCUCAGAAUGCAGGGGCUUCAAGUUCUUCGGAACGUUUGGAGCAAACGGACACAGGUUUGCUCUGUGAAAGCCAAGGAGAGAUGCCAGAGACACUUCACACGGAGACAGUUCCAGACAAUAGAAAUAAUGAUUUAAUCGACGAGAUAAAAGCUCGUCUCAUAGAUUUUUCAAAUAAAUCCCCUGAGGAAAUGAGGAAAGGCCUUGAAGUCAUGUGCGAAAAAUUGAGAAAGCUUGCAUCUUAUUUGGCAAAUUUUGGUGAAGGAAAAUCUAGAAAAAAUCGCGGUAACUAUAUUCCCGUUCAGUCCACUGCAAUAAGCAGAAGAAAAAACAAGUUGGCAGGUCGCAGAUGUCAUCCGGGGGGAAGACAAAGACCACACUCUAAGCAAAGCGAGGAAUUUGUAAAGACAGUAGAAAUUUCUGAAAUGGCUACCUUUCCACCACCAGCUACGCAGUCAUCCCAGUCAGCUUCAGACUUUUGAAGGUGCGCGACUGUUUACUGCAGCAUAGUGUGUAGGAUUUUCUUAAUCUGAGAUCCAACGUAAUGGAACUAUUAAGGGAAUGAUUGUACUCAGACCAAACUUACUAUUGAAAUAUAGAAGUUCUUCUUUAAAUUGGGAUAUCCCAACAAUGUGGAUACUUAUUGUGUAUGUUGCACAAGUUUCUGGGAAAUGUG